AUGAGCGAUCCUAUAGAUCGUAUCGUCAAAGGCGCUCCACCGCCUGACGUGAGCGCUGAGCAGCUUGCGGCGAGUGCGAGGGCUACAGGACCUGCCAAUUCACAUUCAAUUACCGCUCCCCUUCCACCGUCCAUCUCGGGGGGGAUCCACAGCCACUCCAAUGAUCCCAGAGAUGCGCUGCCUUCGAGCCCGCCUCAAAUAUACCUCAAUCUUCUCAUCUUGGAAUCAUCCCUAAGGCUGCAGUAUGUUUCUCUUCGAGCCCGACUUCGAUUGCACUUGCUCCUGCUUGUGACAUUGGUCGUGUGGGUGCWAGCCUUUACCUAUCUCCUCUUCUUUCGGCCACGUGAAGAUGGUUCCGGAGUGGGAGGAAGCGUUUACUGGGUGCUUGAAUCUGCCGAAAAGCUGGGCUGGUGCUCUGGUGUUGUCACACUGGCGCUCUUCUGGGGAACYGGCAUGUACGAGCGCGGUGUGCGUUGGCCACGGAAGUUUGUCUCCACCACAAAUCGCGGUCUUCGAGGCUUCAAUCUGAAAGUCGUGGUGGUCAAAGGGUCGCUCCUUUCGGAGCUCGCAGGAUGGUUCGCAAUGUUGGAUCAAAUGGGGUGGUUUCGAGAAGAUCGAGUAAACUACCAAGUCAUGCCCAAAGAUAUCGAAGUGGGCGGUAAUAAAGUCGAGAAUUGGAAUGCGCAUGCCGGUAAGCAUGGUUUAUUGGAAGAUGAUAUUGCACCAGGAGGCGAUGUUCUACGAGUGCUACUUCUGCCAAAGCCCUUUUCCCCAGACUUCCGUGAAGGCUGGGACACAUUCCGUCUGGAUUACUGGGAGCGCGAGAAUAGUCGAAGGAGCCAGCUACGUACUUUGAUUCGAUCCCGAAAGCGUGAGGUUGCACGCAAGGAUGGAGGAUGGCUCUGGUGGACAGGCUGGCGUGGAUGGCGCAACGUCCGGCUUUCAAUAUUCACGAGCCGCAAGUCCCGUCGACAGCUUGACCUUGAUAAACUGGCCUUGAAGGAUCGACCGUCAUCCGAGCGUAUCAAGGAGAGGCGUCGGAAAGAAAGUCUCAUACGUGAUGGAUCACUCUCAAGGUACGGUGGCGACCACUCAAGGAACUCGUCGAUUUCCAGGACACCUACUCCUGACCCAGCGGAUCCGUACCAUUCGCGGGAGCAAAGGCCGAGGAGAGGAAGCAGUGCUAGUAGUCGCAGGCCACGGAAGACGAUGGGUACCUUGAACGAGAAGAGUCGACUUUCGGCGACAGAAACACUUUUGCACGACACUAUCGAAGUGAGUCCUCUGAGCAAAAGGGCAAGMACAAUCAGUACGACUGGAAGUGAAGGCGAUGAUGGGAGUGGGGGAAAGAACAAGGUCACGCCGAUGUUCACAAAUGAGAUCAAGGCAGAACCAGAGGAGGAAUGA